GACAAACUUUUCAGACCAUUUCAGGACAUUCCUCGCUAUUUUAAUCUACCAUUAUAUGGCUUUACUGGUAACCCAUUCCUCAGUUGCAACAGUAAACUGUCGCCAACCGAAACGUCUGCAUCGGCCGCAAUGUCGCCAUUCCUGACCGCUGCGGCCACACUCGGCAACGGCGGACCGUUCAGUGAUGGGUCGCCGCUCAGUGCAGCACAUCAUCACCAUUUGAAUCACUAUAAGAACACGUUUUUCGGUGCCGUCGGUGGCGGUCAACCGUUUGGCGAGAGUAUAGUCUUUUCGUGUAUCAAAUGUGACAAAAUGUUUAGUACGCCCCACGGCCUCGAGGUUCACGCCCGUCGGUCGCAUUCCGGUAAGCGGCCGUUUGCUUGCGAAAUGUGCAACAAAACGUUUGGCCACGAAGUCAGCCUAUCUCAACACCGGACGGUACACACGGCAGAGAAAACGUUUGAAUGCAAACAAUGCGGCAAACAGUUUAAGAGGUCGUCCACACUGUCCACCCAUUUGUUGAUCCAUUCGGACACUCGGCCCUAUCCGUGCCAAUACUGUGGCAAACGAUUUCAUCAAAAGUCUGAUAUGAAAAAGCAUACAUACAUUCAUACAGGUGAAAAACCUCACAAAUGCUCGGUUUGUGGCAAAGCCUUUAGUCAGUCAUCCAAUUUGAUAACCCAUUCCCGCAAACACACCGGUUUCAAGCCAUUUGCCUGUGAUGUGUGCGGCCGAGCAUUUCAGCGUAAGGUCGACCUCAGGCGCCAUAAGGAAACACAACACUCGGACAUCAGAUCACCCGGAGGUCAUAUGCCGGCCGUAUCGGCGACGACAAUGUCGUCAUCAAUCAAUGGCAAUCCUGUGAUGCCGUCAUCGCAGCCACCAUUAGUGGCCAAUACAGACCAUAUGAGAUGUAAUUAUUAG